UAUGUCAGUGAUAUAUAAGUGAUGAGAAUGUCUGUACAGCGCUGUGGAAUAUGUCAGUGAUAUAUAAGUGAUGAGAAUGUCUGUACAGUCAGUACAGUAAUUACAGUAUAGUGUAUAAGUUAAUAAUAUAUUAUUAAUUGCUGCAGGUAAAUGUAAUGGUCUCCUCCACUGACGAGCAGGCGGUUGAGGGGAUCUAUGGCUUCCUUCCUGAUAAUCGUCUUUUCCAUGAUACAUUGUCACCAUUGCUCUUACAUUACUUAUUAUUGACUGUUUUGAAAGUUAUGAAUUACUGAUUGUUAUGUAGUUCUUUAUUUCUGGCCAUUUAGAUGGUGACGUAAUAAAGUCUUUGGCCGAUCAUUUUUACAGAUUUUUGUGGUUUUCUUGUAUAUUCGUGGUAAUUCGUGGUAUUGGUCUGACUUCUAAUCCUCAAACAUAGAACAGUUACGUCUGUCUCUUGUUGCCGGGUCAUCUCCGCUCUCCGAUACGUGUUUGCAAACACAGAACCCAAUCUGCCCGGGCGGUGAAUACUUCAUCAUCUCAUAGUCUACAUUAUAAACUGGAUGAUAUCACAUCCGUGUCACUACUGAAUGAGACCAAUAGGAGGCAGAAGAGAGUCCAAAGAGGACCAGCCAGAUUAAUAAAUAACCGGCAGGUAUAAAACCUGGAGAUGACUGGACCGGAGAUAAUAUCCUGCAGGUGAUUUCAGGGGCUGCACGCAGAAUAUCCGGAUGGAUCGCCCCCCUCUGCUGCUGCUGCUGCUGCCCGCCUGGGGGACGAUAUUCUCACUACAUUCAGGUCCUGUGACGCUCGCUGAGCAGGUGGACGGCACUGUCGGAGGAUCCGUGCUCUUCAGUCUGGACAUUCACACUCCGGCCGAUCAGGAGGUCAUCUGGAUGACUAAGGAUUCCAUUGAUGCUAUUGUGGUAAUGAGACCUUGUGCUGAGCCGACCUGCAGUCCCAGCUACAAGGACAGGUGUGAAGUCCUCAGCAAUGGGUCCCUGAGGCUGGAGAACCUCAACGAGAAGGACACCGGAACAUACACCGUGACUGUCCUGGACCUGAUCGGACUCACACUUCGGGAAGUCGUUUAUUACCUGCAAGUCAACUGCGCUGCCUCGGUGGUGAACGGAGUCCUCGGGGGGGCGGCUUUCUUUAAUGUGUCUGUGGAGAGUCUGACAACUCUGGAAAUAACAUGGAGAUUUGGGGACAAUCUCAUUGUACAAGUCGCUUACAACUCGUCUCCCGAAUGCUUCCAUCAGUUAUUUAAAAAGUAUGACAUCUAUGUAAAUGGAUCCCUGAAGCUGUGCGAUCUCACAGAGGAAUACGAGGGGGACUACACCCUGUCUGUAAACAGGACCGGAGAAGCCCUGAAGGUCCAGCACUACCAGCUCAGGGUCUACCCUUCUCUUAAUGCCCCGGUUCUCAGGCCUGAACACCAGGAGCUCAUCAAUGGCACCAAUGUGACCCUUCAUUGUGAUGACGGGAAUCAGACUGUGACUACGUACACCUUCUACCAUGAUAAGGAGAAGAUCUGCUCCAAGCCCCAUGUCACCUGCAGGGGAUCAUCCCUGGACUUCACCCCGAUAUCUGAGAUUUACAAUGGGUCCUACACCUGCCGCAUCGAGAACCUGGUCAGCUCCAACACCAGUGACCCCAUCAAUGUGACGGUAUCGUGGUACCCAGAGGGUGGCAUUCUCUGCACCACUAAUACCAUAAACCAGGAUGUACGGCUAGGCUGUUCAUGGCCAGGAGGAAACCCUGCAGCUAAUGUGACCAUGAUCUAUGAUAACAGGACAGAGACGGGGCAGGACAGAGUCUCCAGAAAUGUGUCUUCUAUAAAUAUUAUCUUAGGGUCCAACCUCACCUGUAAUGGACACCAGCUGGGAAGACAGUCAACUUGUGCACUAUUAUUUGAGCCUCCACAGUCCCCCGACCAUGAGGUCAGUUCAGCAAUAAAAGUAGCAGAAGGAGAAACAGUCAACCUGACGCUGGCUUUGCGCUCUGGAGCCCGGUUACGAGCCUUCUCCUCCUCUCUCCAGAUCCUUCCUGCUAAUUUCUCUUGGUUCUAUGACUCCAUGCCUAUACAGAGUAAUGAGAAGUUUCAGGUGACCUCCACGAAUGAGUCUUCCAGGCUCCGAAUCUUCAAGGUGUCUGAACUGAACUCUGGGAAUUAUACAUGUAGAGCCGAAAACGUUAUUGGCACAAAAGAGUUCAUGUUCACCCUCACUGUUACUCCUCAGGGCCUCAAUAUUGAUAAGAUAUCGGGAAUUGUCCUUGGGAUACUGGCCGGACUGCUCAUCGCCGCUGUUGGAGUCAUGGUGCACUUCAUUUUGAAGAGAAAGCAAAUGAAGCCUAAAGCAUUAAUUUAUGAGAACGCGGAUUCGUCGUUAUCUAACAUCUAUGAAAAUACUGGACCGGGAGAGCCGAAAAUCCAGCAUCCAGACGAGUCAGUAUACUGUAAUGUGUUGCCAGGCCGCAGGACAUGAUCAGGCUGGAACAUCUGCUCUGGAGCACAAGCUGCUGCUUCAUCACGUGAACAUCAUGGGCAGACAAGUGACAGCUGAAGUCCCUGUGGCCCAUUGUCUCUACACCGGUGGACUGCAGCAGUACGACGCACCACGAGACUCAAUGUCUAAACCCAAGAAAGCAGAGGAAAAGCAGCAGAACAUGAAAACGUCCUCAGGACGCCGCUCAAGAUGUGUGAACAGGACGUACAAACUGCUGACAAAAACCGCACUAUGAGCCCAAAAUUCCACCGAAAUCAACACUCAUUUACUCAUUAGUGGCUGCACGUGGCAGUCGUACUCCAGUGGUGAAUGCUACUAAUAAGCGCUAUGCUUUCUUAUAUACCUGCUAUAUAAUGAUUGUA